AUGGGGAAGAAUAAAAAUGUGUCCUUGACACAUGCACAGGUCUGGGAUGAUUCUGCCCUGGUUCAGUCCUGGGACGAUGCUGUAGAAGAAUACCAGCAUUAUUGGAGCAUUCACGCCAAGGGUGAAAAUGUUGACGAUGUCUUGAAAAAAGCAGAUAACACUGGUAUUACUUCACCUGUACAUUAUGGUGAUAGUCAAGACACCAAACCCGCAGAGGACGAUGCCAUUCAACCUGAGAAUGAGGAUGUCUCAAUGACCAUUGAUGAGCAAACCUCCGAGUCUGCCCCCGAGGUUCCUCAGCCAGUGGGUGAUUCCAUUUCUGCGGUUUCCACGCCUGCUAUUCCGAUGCCUCAUCCAAUUAUCGCAAAUGUUCAAGAUGAAUCGUUAAAGAACCUCAUGAUAUCAUGGUAUUAUGCAGGGUACUACACGGGACUUCAUGAAGGCCAACAACAGGCAAGUCGCGACAAGAGCUCAUGA